CUAUUGGUGAAUAUGAAGAUCUUAGAGCAGCAAACAAGAAAACAAAAGAGGAGUGUGACAAAAUUAAACAAGAGCGAGAUGAGGCAUUCAGAAAACUUGAAGAGCUUCAAAAAAUUUCUCACAUGGUUAUCGAAGAAGUAAAUUGUAUGCAGAACCACCUUGAAAUUGAAAAGACUUGUCGUGAAAGUGCUGAAACUUUGGCUUCUAAGUUGAAUAAAGAAAAUAAGACCCUGAAAAGAAUUAGCAUGUUGUAUAUGGCUAAAUUGGGGCCAGAUAUCAUUACAGAAGAAAUUAACAUUGAUGACGAUGAUUCAUCCACAGAAACUGAAGGUAGCUCAGAUUCAUGCAGCUCGGUGCAUUGUCAACAGCAAAUAAAAGAGCUGCGAGAUCAAAUUAUAUCUGAUCAGGAGCAAAAGAAGACCAUAACUGUUGAACUGGAAAACCUGAGGCGCAAACUUGUAGAAGUAAUUGAAGAAGGAAAUAAAAUAAAGGAAGAAAAAGCUGUUCUUACAGCAGAAGUUCAUGAGCAGAGAAAACUACUGGAAAAAUGUAACCGAGUGUCUGUACUGGCAGUGGAAGAAUAUGAAGAACUCCAGGAGAACUUUGAGUUGGAAAAGAAUCUACGGAAGAAAGCAGAAUCAUUUGCACAAGAGAUGUAUAUUGAACAAAACAAGUUGAAAAGACAAAGUCAUCUGCUUCUGCAAAAUUGUGCUCCUGAUCAGCAGCUUUUGAAAGCUUUAGAUGAAAAUGCCAAGUUGACCCAAACAUUGGAAGAAGAGAGACUUCAGCACCAACAAAAGGUUAAAGAAUUAGAAGAGAAGCUAGAAAAUGAAGCACUACGUAAGGAGAUUGGCUGUCUUAAACAGCAGCUGGAACUUCUGGAAGAAGAUAAAAAGGAGUUAGAACUAAAGUGUCAGAACGCUGAAGAAAAAGUUAAAAACCUAAAGCAUUCAGUUGAUGAACUCCAGAAACGAAUACUCAAGUCAGAAAAUCCCGUACCGCCACCUCCCCCACCACCACCACCUCCACUGCCCCCUCCACCUCCCAAUCCAAUUCGGUCCCUUAUGUCCAUGAUUCGUAAGAGAUCUCAUCCUAGCAGCAGUGUGACCAAAAAAGAAAAAGCUCCUCCGCAAGAAUCAGGGGAAGAAGUAAAAGAUUUGAAGAGACAAGCGGUUGAAGAAAUGAUGGACAGAAUUAAAAAGGGAGUUCACCUAAGGCCAGUUAAUCAGUCAACCAGACCCAAGGCAAAGCCAGAAACACCAAAAGCUUCUGAAGGUGCAGUGAAAGAACUAAAGGAGAUACUGGAUACGCUCAACAAAUCUACCAGUUCGAGAAGCUUAAAAUCCCUUGAAACAGACAGCAGUGAAACUGAGUUAGAAAGAAUUUUACGGCGCAGAAAGGUGACAGCCGAGCAAGACAGCAGCAGUCCAGCUGGAGUGUUGGCCACAUCAGAAUCCAAAUCCAUGCCAGUGUUAGGCUCAGACUCUACUACAGCAGUGAACAAGAAAACUCUAGAGGCAGAAUUCAGCUCCGAAACACCCGAGUCAGGCACAGGGGCUCUUCAAAUGAAGGAAAGCGCAAGUUCCAAGGUUACAUUUCAGUCACCUAGUUACUUGGGAUUUGCAAGAAAAGCGAUCAGCAGUGAAAAUCAAGCAGAGUCCAUUGUAGUUUUAGAUCUUAUUUCCACCAGUGAAGCACAAACGAAAGACAAGAUGCCUGAAAAUAUUAUAAAUCAACACAAGAUGAAAGAAGAAAAAACCAAACAAUUAUAUGAAGAAACUAGUGUUGACAAAACAAAAGACUCAGACAGUUCUAAUUGCUAAUUGUGAUGCUAAAAGACUGAUAGUGAAUUGGCUGCUUAGGUGAAUUGGCAAGGUCUACAUUCUGCACUCGGAACUAUAUUCAGUAAUAGUUUACUGGAAUGGCCUAUUGUAUGCAAUUCUGUUAUUUGCCUUUGUAGGUAACAUAACUAUACACAACUCAAAAUCCAUUUUAAUUUUGGUCUCCUAUGUGUAUUUUCCUAGAUAAUAGAUCACUCACAAUUUUUCAACUUUAUAAAAAAAAAAAAACCCUUCUUUAGUGUAAACACAAAGAAGAAUUCUUCCUCAUUUACACUGGAUAAUGUCAAUAAAAAUCAGUUUUAAACACUGCCUUAAAUUUUUUUUUUUAUGCCUGUUUGAUACAGGACUCCCACUGAUCUUCUCCUCACUAACAUCUCCACAUGGGCUAUUGUAAAUAGUUUUAAAGCACAAACAUGAAGUGGUUUCUUCAGUAACUGGUUGACAUUAGCAGUGAAAAUAGGCAAUGCGGUGUGACAGUUUGGUACCAACUGUUUUGGUAACUGUUCCAACAUAUAGAAUGCCAAACUGAUGCUUCUUUGGCCUGUGGGAAUUGAAACUUGUUACGUUCUGAUCACACUCCCAUUGAAAUCAGUGGAAAGAUUCUUGACUCCAGUGGAUUGAGGCCCUCACUAGAGUGUGAAUAGGAAGAUAAUGAACAAGGCCCUAACCUGCAAAACUGUGCCUACACGCACAUUUCCACUCACACGUUACUGGAUUGGAGUCUGACAAUCCAUUCCUGUACAUCAUUACACAUGCAAAUAAUCUUUAUGCAUAAGAGUCCAUUAUAGUCUGAUUUUAAUGAGCCAACUCCCGCUGAAGUAAACGUAAAUCCUUUUGAGCUGAGGGCAAGGGAUGGUCCUCCUAUAUGUUGUUGAGCAAAUCACUUAAUUUCUCCGUGCCUCAGUUUCCCAUCUUGUUCUCUCAACUUUUGUCUAUCAUCACU